GACAGCGGACCAGUUUGAAAUAUUGCAGUGGGUAAUGCAACAGUCAGGAGCAGCAGACACAGUGAGCUGUUUGAUAAAGAGCUGCAGACGACAGACUGCAUCCUUCCACCUCCUCAGACAGGACGACUGAAGCUACAGACGCUGAGAAGGAAGAAGAGAAGAUCGUUCUGCAGCAGGUAAUCAUCAUCUUCAACAUCUGCAUCAUCUCCACCAUGAAGACGCUGACUCUGUCUGCACUUCUUUGUGCCAUGAUGGCUCUGACCAGAGCUGCUGCUCUUCCAGACGCAGAGGAUGGACCUGGGACAGAGGGAACUGUUGUCCAAGCUCUUCCAGACGCAGAGGCCGGAAACUGGACCAACUCGCUCACUCUAACAGGAGAGAGUCGUGUUGUCAUAAAUUCCACGUCUUGUCCCGAGGGUUGGACUGCUUUCAACAGUCGCUGUUUCCUCUACGUUCCACGAUCCCUGAGUUGGGCUGUGGCUGAGAAAAACUGUAUGUCCAUGGGUGGACACCUUGCAUCUGUACACAACAUCGAGGAGUACCAUCAGAUUCAGACGAUGAUCUUGAGCGCCACUCAUUAUCAAAGAGAAGCAUGGAUUGGAGGGUCUGAUGCACAACAGAACCAAUGUUGGUUCUGGAGUGACGGUACUCUUUAUGACUUCACCAACUGGUGUCCUGGAGAGCCUAGUAACGGUAGAGGUCAUCAGAACUGUCUGCAAAUGAAUUAUUCAGAUCAGAAGUGCUGGGAUGACACUUGGUGUGAUGUUCACCUCCCGUAUGUCUGUGCCAGAAACGUCUGAUAAAAGCGUGGAUAACGUGUCAAAAGCACAGACACUGAUCAAUUUCUGUUUGUGUGUCUGCGAGCAAACUUGUCUGUCUUUACGCCACGAGUCUCAUAUUUGACCUGAAGGCUCUAUAUCUCAUUUCACAUCUUUAUUUCUUCUCUAUCGCUGUAACGCUACUUAAGGAACGAAGUCACAAGUGACAUAAACAGCAGCUGGAUUGUCUCUGUCUCUUAAAUACGAGCAGACUGAAUGUGUAAUGAAAAGUAAGCUUUUAGCACAACUUUAUUCUGCAGAGUGAACUGUUUUUUCUUCUCUUACGCAAAAUUAAAAGUCUCAAGAAGCAUUGAAACAAGCUGGUCUGUGUUAUAUCUCCUGUUUGUACGGGUACAAUAAAUAGACAGGUAUAUGAAAUAGAUCUCAAAGAGCUUCAGCUAUAAUACUGUUAAAUAAUACUGUUCAUUAUAAUUGUUGGGGCACCUAGUGAAAAUGUCCAUCCAAUAAAACCUAAUGAGAGAUGGUACAAGAGGGAUGUGAUCCAAACCUGUAAUGAAUCUUGAUAUUAAAAGUUUCUGAAAGUGUCUGACAGCAUUUGGUUCAGUUCAAACCUCCUGAUAUGUUCUGGACAAAUAAAAUAAAUAAAUAUGGUAUCUUUCAUCUAA